AUGUGUACUGGGCAAAACGUCGCGAUAUUGUCCUGGAUCGAGGAAGUUGCGAGGAGCGUGCCCAAAACCCCGCCCAACAGUGAUCGGUUCGAGAACCUGGUGAGCAACCUGACGACGCCUCCUUCAACCCCAGUGAUCCAGCACAAACGCAAAAGGUCGUUACCUGGAGCCGAAAAUUCGAUGCCGCAGCCAGAUCCUUCGAAGAGACCCUAUCGACCUGGUUCCGAAACUGGAUCCACCGUUUCCGUCCGCCUACCUGACGACAUCACCUCUCUGGCCCCAUCAAGUUCCGUGGCUAGUCGGGGUGGGAGCGUCGCUGCGAGUCAGCUACUGGCAACUCUAACACAGGGUUCUGAGUACGGCCCAGAUGAAGAGGUUGCUCGGAAAAUUGCAAAUGCGUCGUGUCAGUGUGCUACUGAACUGCGCAGUGAAGGUUCCUGGUUGAACAAGGUCGCACUGCCGCUGUUGGAAGGGGCCAUUGCGGAACUGCCGUUAGAGUGUUGGAGCAUUCAAACAGAAUCCGUUGACCCUCAGUACCAACCUCGCUACACAGCCCGCGAUACAUACACUCGCAAAGUGGACCUAGUUGUCGGUCUGCCUGUGGACUUUUGGAAAGUAGACUAUGAACAGGCGGGGCUCAAUACACCAGGGAAAUGCUUCAGCCAUAUGACCCAUCCGCACACUGGGAAACGUGUUCUAGGCCCUGGUGUUGAGAUCAAAGCCGCGGACGGAAACUUGGUAGAGGCACAAGUCCAGCUUGGGGUAUGGAUGACAGGACUACUGAUGUGGGCCUUCGCACAACGCAAGAGUGUGAAAGACUUGCCUCCACUUGUUGGUUGUACUGCUGUUGGGGAGGACUGGAAAUUCUAUAUUGCAAUCGGGGUCGAAGGAUCGGGCACUCUGGAAGAAGUACGCAUCUGGGGCCCUUUAUCUGAUUUGGACGGCCGCACCACCAGUAUUAAACAUACCAAAUCUCUUUUGAGAACACUUCGCCGAGUCAUGGAAUACACAAUCGGGCAGUACAGAGAAACGAUUUUCCGAUCGGUUACUUCUGGAGCUUAG